UAAAAAGGCAGAAUAAUGUUAUGUUCCUUCCCUUGAACUGUAACAAAUUAGAACUAAACGGUGAAUUUUGCGUACUGUUACACCCCAAUACACCCCGCAUAGGUGUCGAGUACUGGUUGGCUGCAUUUCCUUCCCUCUUUGGUCCAACUCAUCCAAAUCUCAACUGGAUUGUGGAGGCCAGGCCACCUAAUGCAGCACUCCAUCACUCUCCUUCUUGGACAAACAGCUUUAACAUAUUGUACAUUUCUUAUGUUUCUUGGUCUAAGCAAAGUCUUUUCUCCUUGUUGUUCUUCCAAAGUAAUAGUUUCUGCCUCAUUUUGAUCUUGAAGGCCUGACUCGCUGGUUCUCCUCUGGAACAGUGGAUGUUGAAAUAUGUAACUAUGAGAAGCAUUUACGUAAAUCGCUUGUCAUUUGAGUAAAUGUAUUCUCUGCAGGAGAGGUAGCUCUUAGUCGACCAGCACAUUUUACUGUUACAUCACAUGUAUCUCGUUAUGUGAGAAACGAUGUUGGCAUGAACUAGCGUUAGAAGGACGUGUGAUUGGUGUAGAUCUGGCGGCAUCUGCAGGCAAACAGCGGUAUUACAAGCCGCGACAUUCCGCCCACACAAACACGGCCGUUCCGGAAACCUGCUAAACUUUAACUCCUGCUUUUCAUUGCACAUUUCUGACUGGAUGUCAGUCUGAUCUUCAUUAAUGGACUGACGGCGCGCUGAACGGCAUCGAGACGCUGCAAACCGUCUCUUUUGUCUGUCUGUCUCUCACUGUCAGGUAGAGAUGGCCUUAUGGAUUCAGGCUCAGCAGUUACAGGGCGACGCCCUUCAUCAGAUGCAGGCGCUUUACGGCCAGCACUUUCCUAUAGAAGUGCGCCACUACCUCGCCCAGUGGAUUGAGACACAGCCCUGGGAUGCCAUAGACGUGGAGAAGCAGCAGGAGGAGUUUAAGGCCAAGCGUCUGUUGGACAGUUUGAUCCAGGAGCUGCAGAGGAAGGCAGACCAUCAGAUGGGGGAGGACGGCUUCCUGCUUAAGAUUAAACUUGGGCAUUAUGCCACACAGCUGAAGAGCACAUAUGAGGCAUGUUCGAUGGAGCUGGUGCGAUGUAUCAAACACAUUCUCUACACGGAGCAGAGACUCGUACAGGAGGCUUCUAAUGUGAGUUCUGCAGGGGGCGGGGCUACAGAUGCCACACCCCAGAAAUAUCAGCAGAUCAACCAGAUGUUCGAGGAGCUGCGCGCCAUGACACAGGAGACGGAGAGCGACCUGCGCAAACUCCAGCACAGUCAGGAGUACUUCAUCAUCCAGUACCAGGAGAGCCUGAGGAUCCAGGCUCAGUUGAGUAGUUUAGCGAAUUUACCACCUGCCGAGCGCGUGCAGAGAGAGACGAGUCUCCAGAGCAGGAAAACUACACUAGAGACCUGGAUAACCCGCGAGGCUAACACACUGCAGAAAUACAGACAGGACCUAGCUGAGAAACACCAAAGGACUCUGGCAUUGUUGAGAAAGCAGCAGACGGUGAUUGUGGACGACGAACUGAUUCAGUGGAAGAGACGACAACAACUGGCUGGAAACGGGGGACCUCCAGAAGGAAGUCUGGACAUCCUACAGUCCUGGUGUGAGAAGUUGGCCGAUAUGGUUUGGCAGAACAGACAGCAGCUCCGGCGUGUUGAUCACUUAACUCAGCAGCUCCCCAUCCCCGGCCCUACAGAGGAACUUCUCAAAGAACUUAACGCUACCAUCACCGACAUCAUCUCAGCACUCGUAACCGGCACGUUCAUCAUAGAGAAACAGCCUCCGCAGGUGUUAAAGACGCAGACCAAGUUCGCAACGACGGUGCGCCUGCUGGUCGGGGGAAAACUCAACGUCCACAUGAACCCUCCACAGGUCAAGGCCACCAUCAUCAACGAACAGCAGGCCAAAGCUCUUCUAAAGAACGAGAGCACCAGGAAUGACAGUAGUGGAGAAAUCUUGAACAACAACUGUGUGAUGGAGUAUCACCAGACCACAGGCACUCUGAGCGCUCACUUCAGGAACAUGUCCCUGAAGCGCAUUAAACGCUCGGACAGACGCGGCGCCGAGUCGGUGACCGAGGAGAAGUUCACCGUCCUGUUCGAGUCUCAGUUCAGCGUCGGAGGAAACGAGCUGAUGUUCCACGUCAAGACGUUAUCGCUGCCCGUCGUGGUCAUCGUACACGGUAGUCAAGACAACAACGCCACGGCGACGGUGCUGUGGGACAACGCCUUCUCCGAGCCGGGUCGCGUCCCCUUUGUGGUGCCUGAUAAGGUGUCGUGGCCGCAGCUGUGCGAGGCUCUAAACAUGAAAUACAAGUCGGAGGUGCAGAGCGAGCGCGGGUUAUCGGAGGAGAACCUGGUGUUCCUCGCUCAGAAAGCUUUCAGCAGCUCCAGCAACAACCCCGAGGACUAUCGCAACAUGACCAUGACCUGGUCCCAGUUCAACCGGGAGAGUUUACCAGGAAGGAGCUUCACCUUCUGGCAGUGGUUUGAUGGAGUCAUAGAGCUGAUGAAGAAACACCUGAAGGCUCACUGGAACGACGGGGCGAUUCUGGGUUUCCUGAACAAACAGCAGGCGCAGGACAUGCUGCUCUCCAAACCAAACGGCACCUUCCUGCUGCGCUUUAGCGACUCGGAGAUCGGAGGGAUCACCAUCGCCUGGGUAGCGGAAAACCCCAACAAAGCUGGAGAGCGAAUGGUGUGGAACCUGAUGCCCUUCACCACUAAGGAUUUCUCCAUCCGCUCUCUGGCUGACCGCAUUAGCGACUUGAACCACCUGCUGUUCCUUUACCCCAACCAGCCCAAAGACGAGGUGUUCUCCCGCUACUGCACGCCCCCCAACUCUAAAGCCGUAGGAGACGGUUACGUCAAACCAGAGAUUAAACAGGUGGUCAAAGUAGAAUUUGCCUCAUCCAAUCCAGAGCAGUCUCCCGGAAACCCCGCCUUCAUGGACUCCUCCCCUACCAUCACUCAGCCGGGCAGUUUCGCUAUCUACCCUUCCAUCGGCGACCCGAUGCUCGACGAGAGCGGAGAUUUCGAUCUGGACGAAACGAUGGACAUGGCCAGGCAGGUGGAGGAGUUCCUCAGCCAGCCUACGGAGGCGCAAUGGAGCGGGCAGCAGUCGUGACCUUUGAACUACACAGAGUGACCCCUGGGGGUUGCAUUUUUCACUUUUCCCACCAGUGUUGUUGUUGUUGUUGUGAUUUUUAUUUUUAUUUUUUAUUUUUUCAACAAAUGUGAACAUUAGCUCGCUAUCGCCUUAUUUCGCAACGUUCUCCGCAUGACGACGUAGCGCGCGCGGCAUCACUCCUGCUUGCCGACUAACCUGGAUUUAAAGACGUGCGGAGAGAGGAAUUACGAGAAAUAAAAUGUUUUAUAGUAAAUAUCGAAAUAUAAAGAAACGUAUAUGUGAGUAACGGUGAACUAACCAGCAAACAAUGCUAAUGCUAACGUUUUGGACUCAGGCUUAGGCGAUUAGUUACUGAAAGCUAAUAGGAAAUUGUGAUGGGUUGAGAAACGAGAGGAUCAGCAGGAACACAAUGGGACCGGUACGAGAAUUGAACAAUAGUGGAUCACUGAAUAGCUAAUAUUAGCUUGUUGGCUACAUUUUUUCUUUUUCUUCGGGAACUCGGGUUACGAGUUUUUUUUCCCUUUUAUAGCAAGAAUUUACAAAAAAAACCAAACAAACAGCGUAGUAAUCCGACUCUCACCAUACCAAAUACGACCGAUGCACACAAUAUUUCAGAACAUCAGCACAAACCGGAUGUAAAUCAGAACCCCAUUGGCACCCUUUUGUGUAGAAACGUCCGCUCUGGAGCGCUAAUAAUAACCGAAACAAACGAGAGCAACAAGUUCAGAGAUCGCAGACAAUCUAAUAGAACGUGGGUUGUUUCAGGGUCCCGCAAUAAGUGUCGAGCAGAAGAUGCACCAGACCCCAUGUCCUCCCGCUGUCUUUUUGCACAUGGUGAUCCAUAUGAACUUCUCAGAGCGAAGCCAGAAGGUUUAACGAAGCUGUUUUUCCACAUCCGGGUUGUGCAAGAGUCCCAACCCCCCCCACAAAAAAAACCUUGUGAGGCUGAAAUCACGACCAAUCACAAUCCUCAAAUUUAUAACCAACGUUUAAAAUUUUUUUGAAGCUUAUCAUCAAAAAAUGACUCGUUCUUUAGAACAAGCAAAACGAACCUCAGAUCAGCCGAUCCACACGAAGCGAUCGUCUGAAAUCGAUGCGAGUUCGCUAAACGCUAGCCAACGCUACAGCGACGAUUAGCUUAAAUAGUGUUAGCUUUACUGCAGGAUGCCUCUCUCUUUUCCCGUGCCUUAGUUAAGACGUGAUGUCCGGUGGAUCCGACGCUUGUUUUUUUUUGUGUCGUCCCCCAACCCUAAACCUACGAAGUGCCCGAAACAGGAAGUUGGGGCAGAACGAUUCCUUAAAACCAGCUUCUUCUGAGAGCUCUGGAUUCUCGCUAACCUCUGAUCAUAAAGGACCUGAACCCAUAAAUAUAUACACACAUAUAAAUACACUAAGGCCAAAAGUAUUGGGACACCAGGUUGUGGGAGGCGUCUUUAACAGGAUGUUCAAAAGGCUCUUGGUCUGUUGUCCACAAACUUUUGGAGCAUAUAGUGUGAUGUGUGUAUUCCUUUCAGUUUUUCCCAGCGAUGCCUUUUUACUCAAUAACUCCUGAUCCGUAUAUACAUCAUCAUCAUCAUCAUCAUCAUACCAGUAGAAAAUCUUUCUUUAAUGUGACCUCGCUUGUUUUUUUUUUUUUUAUUGCACCCUUUUUUGUUGCUAAUAAUUUUAUGUUUCACAUAUGAAAAAAAAGCUAUAGCAAGCCGGAGGCGUGACCUUCAGUCAGAUUUUUAUUUUUAAAUUAAUUAUUACUCUUGAUUUACUUAAUCAUGCUCAUUUGGCUAAUUCUUGAAUAUAUUUUUGAAUUGCCAUAACAAUCUCUAUAUUUUUUUAGUUAAUUGAAUUAUUCAUUUAUGUUAGUCAUAUUAAAAAAAAAUCAUUUCUAACCAUAAUUUCCUUUUUUUUUUUUUUUUUUUUUAUUUCAUGCCUGAUAGAUCCAGCAGUCAUUUGCAACUUGUUUCAAUUUUGUAUUUUUAUUUUUUAAGGGAUUUAAAUUUUAUUCACACUGCUGCCAUUAAAAAAAGCUUUUUUUUAAUUUAAAAUAUAUAUUACUAUUUUUAAUUAAAAACACCUUUAUGGAUUUUCUUUAUCGAUUAAUAAUUACAAAGAAAUAUAUAUAUUUUUUUUUUUUUUUUUUUAUUGUACACCUUAUAAUUUUUCUCUUUUUUUUAAAUGUCUCUAAUUCUUCUCCUAUUUCUCUCCCCUCCUUAUUUUUUUAAUGGAAGCAUGAAUUUCGUUCCUUUUUUUAUUUUAUUUUAUGUUUUAUAUUAAUUUUUUUUUACAAUUUUUUCACAAGCUCCCUGCGAUUCCCAGUUUCGCUUCACUAACUUCAGAUUAGGAACUCAGGAAAAGGUGCCGAUCGUACGGUAGAGAGAAUAUUUACAAAAAGAUUCUAUACUUAUAAAUGUUAUAAAUGUAUAAGAAGAAAAAAGUUACUCCCACAUAUUUGAAAAAAAAAGGAAAAGCUGUUUUGUGUUGAAUUACAGAAUGCAGUCUGCAGUAGGCAUGUGCUGAUAUGACACUUUUUCUUUUUUGUGUCGGUUACGCCGAUGGAUCGCUGUUGGGGUGGGGUUUUUUUGCGCUGUGCUUUUACGUGUACGUGAAUUACUCAGGUUUUGUUUUUUGUGGCGAGCUUCCUGUGUGCGAGACAUGGGUUUACUCAACAGUCGCUCGCUAGCGGCAGCAAUCUUUGAAGUAUCUACAGUGAUGGUGUUCUGCACGCCGAAUAUUGCAGUGUACCGCCCCCUGGUGGGCGUUGACUCAGUUUUGGUUAGCAGUGAGUUUAUGAGCGGGUUUACUGGUCUGAUCAAGUGUGAAUUAUUGCGAGUCGUUUAUCUUCUGAAUCUUGGACACUUUGUAUAGAGGAGGUGUGGAUUUGGUCAUUGAACCAGUCGAGGGGAGCUUAAUGAAUGUUUAGGGUGUAGCUUACGCAAUAAAUCAAGGAUGAUUCGUCAGUUAGCUUCGGCUUUUUGAAUUGUUCAGCUGUGACUCAUUGAAUCGGUCCGUCGUGGCUAAUUAGGUCAGCCAGCUGUGACUCAUCGAAUCGGUUCGUCCUGGAUAACUGAGUCAGUCAGCUGUGACUCAUUGAAUCGCUUCGCCACGGCUAAUUGAAUCAGCCCGUUGUGACUCAUCGAAUCGGUUCGAUCUGGCUAAUUAGGUCAGUCAGCUGUGACUCACUGAAUCGGUUCGUCCUGGAUAACUGAGUCAGGCAGUUGUGACUCACUGAACUGGAUCCCCGUGCAGAUUGAGUCAGUCAGCUGUGACUCAUUACACCGAUUUGACUUGGUUAAUUGGGUCAGUAUGAAUAAUUGAGUAUCGGCACUUGCCUCAUGUCUCUUUAGUGUCCGUGUUUCGUGAUUUGUACGUGUACCCGCCGCAGUAUUCCCAUUUCAAACCGGUGCCGUCGAGUCGUACGGCUCCCGUGUGCCGAUCCGUUCGUGAUUUCUUUUCUAUUCAUUCAAAACGAAUCCCGACGUCCGCGUUCACACUCUGAUGCGAUUUACUCCGCUUCGCUCUUUUUGUGAGGUUAAGUGUGUAUGUGAUGUAAUUUGGGAGACAGAAGACGGUAAUAAAGUUUUAUAAAUAUUUUA